UAAUUCCCAUAAAGAACAAUGUCAGACGAUCAACACGAAUCAAUCGACGGUGAUGAGACAAUGGAGGAGGAUUCCAUGCUAGCAGAAGGUCAUGAGGAUGGAGAAGAAGAUGUCGGCGAAGAUGAGGAGGAGGUGGAAACUGAAGAAUCUCAGGGAGUUCCGACCACUUCUGAGAAGAAAAAACCACCACCAAAAAAGAAGAAGGGCGGAAAGAAAUCUUCGAAAAAGAAAAACAACUGUGAUUACCCGGAUCCGUAUAAGUCGACAAGCGCAGAAAUCAGUGCAGCAAUAGGAUUGACCGACGUUGAUGUGGACUAUGAGCAGGAGGAAUUUCAGUCGAUUACCAAUUUGAAAAACUUUUCGAGUCUUGUCAAGCCAUACAUUUUAAAAGUGAAUCCCGGCACAAACGUCACAAAGAUGUACCCUCUAUUUCAAGUAAAAUACAAAGAAUUUCAAGAUCACAUGACAGCACACGGCAAAUCAAUUCAAAAGCAACAAAGAGCGAAGUUUGUUCCGGUACCCGUUCCGGUGACACCUCAAGAGAAGAUCAUUCCACAGAAGACUCGUUCUUCUGCUCGCAGAAAGCGUCGUGACGGAUCAGAUGGUGAAGGUGGCGGUCACGACAGUGAUCAGGAGUUUGAGGCCUUGAUCAAACAACAUGAAAAGCAACAAGAUGAAGCUGAGAAGGGGAAAGAAGAAGCUCGCAUUAAUCGGGCUGCAGCAAAAGUGGACAAACGUAAGGCCGCAUUGGAAUCGGCUCGAGCAUCGAAACGAGCACGUAAAGAGCAAGGAGUGGUGGAAGAAAACCAUCAAGAGAACUGUGAAGUUUGCAAUCAAGAUGGCGAGCUUAUGCUCUGUGAUACUUGUACUCGUGCAUACCACGUUGCAUGCAUUGAUGAGAACAUGGAGCAGCCACCAGAAGGAGAUUGGAGCUGUCCCCAUUGUGAAGAGCACGGUCCGGAUGUUUUGAUAGUUGAAGAAGAACCAGCUAAGGCAAACAUGGACUAUUGUCGAAUUUGCAAAGAAACCUCAAAUAUUCUUCUAUGCGACACCUGUCCAAGCUCUUAUCACGCCUAUUGCAUUGAUCCUCCACUUACCGAAAUUCCCGAAGGCGAAUGGUCCUGUCCGCGUUGCAUUAUUCCCGAGCCGGCUCAAAGAAUUGAGAAGAUUCUCAGUUGGAGAUGGAAGGAAAUCAGCUAUCCGGAGCCAUUGGAAUGUAAAGAAGGAGAGGAAGCAAGCAAAGACGACGUGUUCCUUAAACCUCCCCGCAAAAUGGAGCCUCGUCGAGAGCGGGAGUUCUUUGUCAAGUGGAAGUAUUUGGCUUACUGGCAGUGCGAGUGGCUUUCGGAGACGUUGAUGGAUGUCUACUUCACAGCGCUUGUUCGCAUGUACUGGCGGAAAGUCGAUUCCGAGAAUCCACCGAUUUUCGAGGAGUCUACACUCUCACGCCAUCAUUCCGAUCAUGAUCCAUACAAACUACGCGAGCGUUUCUACCAAUAUGGUGUUAAGCCUGAAUGGAUGCAAAUUCAUCGUAUUAUCAAUCACUUGUCAUAUGCAAAGUCUCAACAAGACUACCUAGUCAAGUGGAAGGAGCUAUCUUAUGAGCACGCGACCUGGGAAAGAGAUGAUACGGAUAUUGCCAACUAUGAAGAUGCGAUCAUCAAGUAUUGGCAUCACAGAGAACGCAUGCUGAACGACGAAGUUCCUAGAAAUGUGCAGAAGAUGAUUGCUAAGCAGCGUGAAGCUAAGGGACUGGGACCUAAGGAGGAUGAAGUCACCUCGAGAAGAAAGAAACGAGAAAAAAUUGAUAUCCUCAAAAAAUACGAAGUGCAACCAGACUUUAUUUCGGAAACUGGGGGAAAUCUUCAUCCAUACCAAUUGGAAGGAAUCAACUGGCUGCGACAUUGUUGGUCGAAUGGAACUGAUGCCAUUCUUGCCGACGAAAUGGGUCUCGGAAAAACCGUCCAAUCUCUGACAUUCCUGUACACACUCAUGAAAGAAGGGCAUACCAAGGGGCCAUUCCUCAUUGCUGCUCCACUGUCUACUAUCAUCAAUUGGGAACGUGAAGCCGAGCUUUGGUGUCCAGACUUCUACGUCGUUACCUAUGUUGGAGAUCGUGAAUCGCGCAUGGUCAUUCGUGAGCAUGAGUUUUCAUUUGUGGAUGGAGCCGUCAGAGGAGGGCCAAAAGUUUCCAAGAUUAAGACAUUGGAAAACUUGAAAUUCCACGUUCUUCUCACUUCAUAUGAAUGUAUUAAUAUGGAUAAGGCAAUUCUUUCAUCCAUUGACUGGGCUGCACUAGUCGUUGAUGAAGCUCAUCGUUUGAAAAAUAAUCAAUCGACAUUCUUCAAAAACCUCAGAGAAUACAACAUUCAGUACCGUGUGCUUCUCACUGGAACUCCACUUCAAAACAAUUUAGAGGAGCUGUUUCAUCUUCUCAAUUUCCUCGCACCAGACCGCUUUAACCAGCUUGAAAGCUUCACAGCAGAGUUUUCCGAAAUCUCCAAAGAAGAUCAAAUUGAGAAACUUCACAACCUGCUCGGCCCACACAUGCUUCGUCGUCUUAAAGCUGACGUCCUUACUGGAAUGCCAUCCAAGCAAGAGUUGAUUGUCCGUGUAGAGCUCAGUGCGAUGCAGAAGAAAUACUACAAGAACAUUCUCACUCGCAAUUUUGACGCGUUGAAUGUGAAGAAUGGUGGAACCCAGAUGUCGUUGAUCAACAUCAUUAUGGAACUUAAAAAAUGCUGCAACCAUCCGUAUCUCUUUAUGAAAGCGUGUUUGGAAGCUCCAAAACUUAAAAAUGGAAUGUACGAGGGAAGUGCGCUUAUCAAAAAUGCCGGAAAAUUUGUCCUUCUGCAAAAAAUGUUGCGAAAGCUGAAGGAUGGAGGUCAUCGCGUGCUGAUCUUUUCACAGAUGACGAUGAUGUUGGAUAUUCUUGAAGACUUUUGUGAUGUUGAAGGUUACAAGUAUGAACGUAUUGAUGGAAGUAUCACUGGUCAACAGAGACAAGACGCAAUCGAUAGAUAUAAUGCUCCGGGAGCGAAACAGUUUGUCUUCUUGCUCUCUACUCGUGCUGGAGGAUUGGGUAUCAACUUGGCUACUGCUGAUACUGUCAUCAUUUAUGACUCUGACUGGAAUCCUCACAAUGAUAUCCAAGCUUUCUCACGUGCUCACCGUCUUGGUCAGAAACACAAAGUAAUGAUUUACCGCUUUGUCACAAAAGGAUCAGUUGAAGAAAGAAUCACAUCAGUUGCCAAGAAAAAGAUGCUUCUCACUCACUUGGUAGUCCGUGCUGGUCUGGGAGCUAAAGAUGGGAAGAGCAUGAGCAAAACUGAACUUGACGACGUUCUACGUUGGGGUACCGAAGAGCUUUUCAAAGAAGAAGAAGCUCCAGUUGAGGGUGCAGACGGAGAGGGAACCAGUUCUAAAAAGCCGAACGAACAAGAAAUUGUUUGGGAUGACGCUGCAGUCGAUUUCCUGUUGGACCGAAACAAGGAGGAAGAAGGUCAGGACGGUGAAAAGAAGGAACAUUGGACUAAUGAAUAUUUGAGCUCUUUCAAAGUAGCCACUUAUAAUACGAAAGAAGCAGACGACGCAGAUGAUGAUGAAGAUGAGACAGAAGUCAUCAAAGAGGGAACGGAAGAGCAAGAUCCAAACUAUUGGGAGAAGUUGCUCAAGCAUCAUUAUGAACAAGACCAAGAAACUGAGCUACAGAAGUUGGGAAAAGGAAAGCGAGUACGUCGCCAGGUCAAUUAUGCCAGUGAAAAUAUGGGACAAGACUGGUCUGCUCAAAAUAACCAACAACAAGAGGAAGAUGACGGCUCAGAAUACGGAUCCGACAAUGGGGAACUACUCCAAACUGACGAAGACUAUGAGGAAAGGCGCCGACGUCGCGAGGAACGAUCCGAAAAGCUUCCACCACUCCUUGCCAAGGUCAAUGGCCAAAUUGAGGUUCUCGGAUUCAACCCACGUCAACGAAAAGCCUUUUACAAUGCUGUCAUGCGUUGGGGAAUGCCACCACAAGACCUCACCCAAUCAUCAUGGCAAGUUCGAGAUCUCAGGAACAAAUCGGAAAAAGUGUUCAAGGCGUACUCAUCCCUCUUCAUGCGCCAUCUGUGUGAGCCGGUUGUGGAUAACAGUGACUCUUUUAUGGAUGGUGUUCCACGUGAAGGUCUCAAUCGUCAAGCGGUUCUGAGUCGUAUCGGCUUGAUGUCGAUUCUGCGCAAAAAAGUGCAAGAGUUUGAAAAAUUCAAUGGAGAAUGGUCAAUGCCAGAGACACGUGAAAAGAUGUUGGCCACCGCAGCUCAAGCAUCAGUUUCGAAUUUACCUGGAAUGAUUAAGAUCAAAGAAGAGCCAAUUGAUAUUGAUGAGACUCCGAUGGAUGUUGAUCAGUCCAAUAUAACUAAAACAGAAGAACUUGCCAGUGAAGUGAAAGUCGAGGAGGAACCCAAAGCUCCUCGUUUACCAUACAAAUUUAAUAUUUGCGAUGGAGGAUACACUGAGCUUCAUAGUCUUUGGAUUAAUGAAGAGAAGGUGGCUCGCAAUGGAAAAGAGUAUGAGAUUUGGCAUCGCCGGCACGAUUUCUGGCUUUUGGCAGCUGUGGCAGUCUAUGGCUACGGACGUUAUCAAAUUAACUUCCAAGAUAUUAUGAAUGAUCCGAAAUUUUCGAUUGUAAAUGAGCCAUUCAAACAAACUGGUGCAGAUCCUGCCACUAAUUUUGCUGACGUGAAGAACAAGUUUUUGGCUCGUCGUUUCAAACUUCUCGAGCAAUCACUGGUCAUUGAAGAACAACUUCGUCGUGCAGCUCACAUCAACAAACAACAGUCUCCUGACCAAGUUGGCCAAUUGGCUCAGCAUUUCUCGGAGCUGGAGCACACUGCUGAUGCUCACGUCAAUAUUGCAAGAGAAAGCAACAAUGGAAACAGAAAUGCUAACGCGAUUCUUCACAAGUGCCUUGCCCAACUCGAUGAUUUGCUUUCCGACUUGAAAACCGACGUUGCAAGACUGCCAGCAACAAUCUCUCAAGUUCGGCCAGUCACCGAAAGACUUCAAAUGAGUGAACGACAAAUUCUAUCGCGCUUAGUAGUCGCCAAGGAUCCCGAUGCUGCUCCAAGCAAGCCAGCACUCCCACCAAGCGGACCAUUCAUCACACCUUUGUUCAAUCAAAACUUCACCACUAUCCAGCCAAAGUUUCCUUCUCUAUUUGACUGUAAUUUGUCGCCUGAUGAUGAACCUAUUGAUAUUGAAGGAUCAAUAUCUGCAGCUGUCGCCGAGGCAUCCCGAGCAUCAUCAAUUGCUGCAACGAAGGAUGAGCCAAUGGAUACAUCUGACAAGGAUAUUCCCUCAACGUCAGCAGCUGCUGGUUCGUCCUAUCCGAGAUAUUAAGCCACGUGGAUUUUAACUUUGGAAUAACCGUGAAUAAUUGUCAUUUUUCUUGUUUACUUAAAAUGUUCGGUCUCUUCUCAUUUUUCAUUUGUCAUUGUCGUCAAAAUUCAUGUUUUGCCGAUUUUUGUAUAAUCAUUCAUUGAAAACUCUUUGUAUCGCACAUAAACAUUGAUAUUUCG